AUGGCACCUAACAUUAUUGAAGGUGAUAUUGCUAGCGGAGAACUGGAAAUCGCUGACAAUAAUCAGAAUGGCAAUGAGUGGUUAAAACAAGGCUUCGGAACGAAGGCCAUACAUGUUGGCCAAGAACCUGAUCCACACACAAAUGCCGUUAUUCCUUCUAUAUCACUAUCUACUACUUUUAAACAAUCCUCCAUUGGCGUUCAUAAGGGUUACGAAUAUUCGCGAUCAAGUAAUCCAACUAGAAGUGCAUUCGAAGAAACGAUCGCAUCGCUAGAGAAAGGAAGACAUGCUCUUGCUUUUUCAUCAGGGUCGGCUACAACUGCUACAAUUGUCACAUCUAUUGGAAACGGUGGUCACAUUGUAUCCGUGAAUGAUGUUUAUGGAGGCACCAAUCGUUACUUCAGACAGGUAGCGAACACCCAAGGAAUGGAUACGACUUUCGUUGAUUUAUUUGAUCCGAGUGGCAUUGAAGCUGCUUUCAAACAAAACACAAAGCUUGUUUGGGUGGAGACACCAACAAAUCCAACGCUUCGUCUAGUUGAUAUUCGAAUGGUUGCCAGGAUAGCACACAAACAUAAUGCUAUUAUGGUAGUCGACAAUACCUUCAUGAGUCCCUACUUCCAAAACCCGCUGGAGUUAGGUGCUGACAUCGUAGUUCAUUCGGUCACGAAAUACAUAAACGGUCAUUCUGAUGUCGUGAUGGGUGUAGCCAUAACCAAUAACUCCGAAAUAUAUAAGAAACUCAAGUUUCUACAAAAUGCCAUGGGAGCGGUACCCUCGCCAUUUGAUUCGUGGCUUGCAAGCCGUGGGUUAAAAACUUUACAUUUGCGAAUGAAGCAACAUCAAAAGAAUGCAUUGGAAAUCGCAAGAUUUUUGGAAAAGUCCGACAAAGUCGUGGAAGUUAUAUAUCCAGGAUUGGAGAGUCACCCACAGCAUAAAUUAGCAAAGAAACAGGCUAAAGGAUUUGGUGGGAUGAUUAGUUUUAAGAUUAGAGGUGGUUUCAAAGAGGCAAAGUUGUUCUUAGAAAGCACAAAAUUAUUUACUUUGGCCGAAUCUUUGGGUGGUGUCGAAAGUUUGGCGGAGCAUCCGGCCAAAAUGACGCAUGCUUCACUUACCGCGGAACACCGUCACGCUGUAGGUGUUACCGAUAAUUUAAUAAGAUUAUCUGUAGGAAUAGAGGAAACCGAGGAUUUGUUGGCAGAUAUCGCACAAGCACUCGAUAAAGCUGUACGGUAA